GUGAAGACUUUGCAAAGACAGUUGAGACUGAGCGCGAGAGCUCGAGUGAGAUCGAGUCAGAGAGAGAGAGAGACAGGGAGAAAGAAAGAAAGAGAGAAAGAAAGAGAGUUGAGCCGGAGCCAGAGCCGGUUUUACGGGUGGCCCACAGGGAUUGAUUGCCAUGGUCCUCCUCAGUUGCAGUUGAUUUCGCACGGCGAAGACGUCUCUCCUGGUGGUGUUUGGUGUGUCUUUGAUUCCCUUGAUCCUUGUUUUUCGAUCCAGAAAGUGACUUAAACUGAGAUAUCGUUACGAUCUGUGAGAUUAGCUAGCCACAAUAAUGCCCGAAGCGAUCCAGUCAACGACGAACCAGUGGUGCUCCCGUUUCUCUUAUUGCUCCAAAUUCGGCUGGGAUUCCUUGGUGGUUGAACGCCCACUCAUUUGCCGAGGUGAAUGAAAGUGAUCUUAUGUGCCUCGACAGCAAUCCUUGAAUGUUCGCAUUUCAAGAGGAGACUUCAGGUUAGCUGGUCAUUCGAGUUCUGCGUGAUCUUUCUUGCCUUUGUCUAAAACAAAGUGUUGGUUGGUCAUUUUGGAAUGAAAAGAAACAACCCAAUCCCUACGUCGAAAUCCCAGUUUGACUGCCGAACAACUUACGUACACUUGAGUGAUUGUAAACCGCGACGAGUGACCACAAUUUCAAGCCAACUGGCUUCAUGAGGCACGAGGAAAUGUCAUGUCGUCCAGCACGACCAACCCCACAAAGCCUUCCAUCAACAAUGUGCCAGCGGCGACCGUAGGCCUCGGCCUGAAUCCCUCCGGCGGAGCCAAGAACAAUGGUGGGAAUAACGGCCGUCCCGUGUUCUUGGGCCAACAAUCCGAUCCCGGAGAUUUGGCUCCAAGCAAGCGACGAGUCCGGCUUCUGGACCCCGUCACCGGGCUGGGAGCGAAUCCCGGUGGGACCCAUCCGAGGAGGAGGACCCCGCGCAGCCCCCGACAGCCUUACUCAACUUUUCCCAGUGCAGACGCCGCCUACUACUCCAACACUAGUGAUAUUCUUGGGAGUGGCGGAGCCCCCUCUGUGAUAGACCCAAAGUACGACGAUGGGUCGGAUGAGAGGACCCCUCUCAAUCGCUCAAAUAGCAGUGGACCCAGUCGGUCCCUCACGCCCACCUUUGGCGACCGCACGGAGGUGUCAUCCAAAGAUGUGAAAGUGAUCAAUGACCUCAUUGACGACCUCAGCAAGCUUGAGCCGGCCCCAACGGACAGACUCCCUCUCAGGGGCCCUCCCGAGGCCUCCUUGAGCCUGGGAUUGCGGCCCGGUGCGGUCGACGAUAUGGCAACUACCACUUUUAAUCUCCAAUGUGAGCCUCAGAUCCCGAGCCAUAGUGGGAGUUUCUCCAUUGGGAGUGCAGGCAAGCGCCGACAUAACAGUUUGCUCUCCUCGAGUUCGGGUCGGAAUGGAUCCCUGACCCUGGAAACACCUGGAAUCACCGAACAGGCUAUAACAGCUGUACUCUACCCAGGAGAUAAGGUAUUAUCGCUAGGGGCAGAAGUGAUGCCAGAGUACAAACUCCAGUCUCCAAGGAUUCAUAAAUGGACCAUUCUGCACUACUCGCCGUUCAAGGCCCUGUGGGAUUGGAUCAUCCUUGUUCUGGUCAUCUACACAGCUGUGUUCACUCCCUACGUCGCUGCUUUCCUGCUCAAUGAGCCGGGAUACAGUGCCAGCCCUUCGGAGACAGAAAACUACACCGAUGACCCCAUCGUCAUUAUAGACCUUUUGGUGGAUAUUAUGUUCAUUAUUGACAUCUUGAUCAACUUUCGGACAACGUAUGUGUCGGAAAAUGACGAGGUCGUGAGCACGCCCUCCAAAAUUGCGGUUCAUUAUUUCCGGGGAUGGUUCAUCAUUGAUCUGGUGGCCGCCAUUCCAUUUGAUCUCUUGCUUUUUGGCUCGGACACGGACGAGACCACCACUCUAAUUGGCCUCCUGAAGACGGCUCGUUUACUCCGUUUGGUACGAGUGGCCCGAAAGAUCGACAGAUACUCCGAGUAUGGAGCUGCGGUUCUUAUCCUGCUCAUGGCCACCUUCGCCCUCAUCGCUCAUUGGUUAGCCUGCAUUUGGUAUGCCAUUGGGUACGCAGAGAGGUCAGGCCCUGGAAGGCACAUAGGCUGGCUGGCCAGCCUGGCCAAUGCCACUGACCAACCUUAUACAGCCAAUAACACGGGUGGCCCGUCGAUAAAGGACCGCUACACCACUGCCCUCUAUUUUGUGUUUACGGCACUUGUUUCAGUAGGCUUUGGGAACAUAGCGCCUCACACAGACAACGAAAUGAUUUUCUCCAUCAUAAUGAUGUUGUCCGGAUCCCUUAUGUACGCCAGUAUCUUUGGUAAUGUCAGCGCAAUCAUUCAACGCCUCUACUCGGGCACGACUAGAUACCAUUCGGCCAUGCAACGGGUGCGGGAGUUCAAUAAGUUCUAUCAGAUCCCCAAUCCACUGAAGCAAAGACUGGAAGAAUACUUUCAGCAUGCCUGGACGUACACCAAUGGCAUAGACAUGAAUAUGGUCCUCAAGGGGUUUCCAGAUUGUUUGCAAGCGGAUAUCUGUGUUCAUCUCAAUCGAAACUUGCUCAACAAUUGCCCCGCAUUCGAAGGGGCCUCCUCAGGCUGUCUCAGGGCACUUUCUAUGAAAUUCAAGACCACUCAUGCUCCCCCUGGCGACACGCUCGUGCAUCAGGGAGACGUCAUCGUGUCCUUGUACUUCAUUUCAAGAGGCUCGAUAGAAAUUGUCAAAGAUGAUGUUGUAAUGGCCAUUCUUGGCAAAGAUGAUAUAUUUGGUGAAAAUCCUUGUAUUUACCCGACCAUUGGGAAGUCUUCAUGCAAUGUUCGUGCCUUAACCUAUUGUGAUCUGCAUAAGAUUAUGAGAGAUGACCUCCUAGAGGUUUUGGAACUCUAUCCAGAAUUUGCUGAAUCCUUCUCCAACAACCUCGAGGUCACCUUCAACCUCAGAGAUGAGGAAGUGAGUGGAGUGGACCCGACGGUCUUUCGUCGCUAUUUCCGUGAUGAUCUCGAAGAAAUCGAGGAUGAGACCAAUGAUGCGAUGGAUAAACGAUGUGAGGUUAAAGACUACAAGAUGCCUAGACGCCGAACGACACGCAGGAAGAAGAGGAAAGAUAACACCGAUGGAGAUGAAGAUGAUGACGAUGAAGCGUCCGGUCGGGCGGAGAUCAAUUCGGUCCUUAACACUGUCCAAGAUGAUGACGAGGAAGAGGGCGAGAAUUAUUCCUCGUUUCAAGUCGUGGAGAAUAGAAGCUCCACAGCGUUGGACAUGCCUCCGGACCGACCUCCCAUGCCUCCUCCGGAUUACAUGCCACACGCAGGUCGUGUCGAAUUUUCGCCCGAGAAGGCAGGUAUGGACGUGACACCGCUCAAUCUGGACUUUCCAGAGAACAAACCACUCAACUCGUUGUCAGGGAUGCUCAAUCAUUUGAAGCACAGUCUGAAUGACCUCAGGGAUCAGAACCACUUUGUACCCAGACUGAUGGGGUCGGAUCAGGCCAGAUCCUCGUCCAGAUCGGAUUUGAGGCUCUCUUCCAAAACGGAUCUCAGUUUGUCGAGGCCGGAUCUUCGACAAAUGUCUAGAUCUGAUGCUCGUCUGGGACAUCGCAAUUCUGGCCAACAAUCCGACUUCAGUGGUUCUCGACCAGGGAGUGUGACCCUUUUGCCCUAUGCUUCUGGACCCACCGGUAACACGGCGGCUCUGCGACAAAGCAGCAGUCCCAUCGUACCCACCACUACCACCCUGGUUGCCCAUGGGCCUGGCCAGAACGGAGGAGCCCAACUCUCACCACUAGAAGCAGAUCUCAGUAUGAGAAUAGACUACAUAGGAAGACAAUUGGACCAAUUAGAAAGCAAAGUGACCACUGACAUUUCAACCAUUCUCUCCAUUCUACAAGACCAAACCGCCGCCUCUUCUUCUUCCUCUCAGUCACAAGCUGCUUUACCCCGUCCAUCCCAGACAAGUGGAGGCCGAGGCCAGGGUGUGGUGCCCGUCUCCUCCACCAAUACUACUAGUUCGAAUACUAAUCCCAGGCCUUCUUCUUCAUCAUCACCACCCAAUCCUUAUGGGACACGUUCCAACCCACAUCAUUCCACCUCCAGUUCAAGGGCACACCCAACGGGCGGGUCUCAAGGGUUCCCGUCGAGAUCGACCUCACAGCCCUCCAACAUAGCCAAGGAUAAACACAACACACCCUUGAUCAUCACCGCUACAAUUCCCACUCCCCCUCCUCAAAGCUCUUCCGCCCACCAUACAUACCCAUUUGCACAACUCCAAAAUAGGGACUCCCUGGCCCAAGGCCAAAGUCAGAGGAAUGAUACUCGCUCCAGGCCACCUAAAUUGACCCGUCGAUUAUUUCCUUCCACUUCUUCCUCCAGCUCCACACAGUUUUCAGAAGACCUCUCUGGUUGGCCUAGUGCCGGUAGAAACGACUCGAAAGGCAGCUCGACCGACGGGGGUGGAACUACAGAAUCCUGGGAGUUCAAAUCUGCCUUGGAAGCGCCCAUAGCUCGACUGGAGUCCUUGGAUGAACUGGAGAUGAGUCAAAGAGAGCGGGGCUCGUUUUCAUCAGAAACUGACGGUGGAAGUGUUGGAGCUUCAGGGGGGUCCACCAACAUAUCACUUGGUGAACCCCGAGGAAACCGAGGAAACAUUCCGAGACAACGUUCCUCCGAUGUGUGAGACGAUGCCUUGGGACGCAGAUGAAGAAAAACAAAAGCAUUCCCUUUAGGCCCGCGGAUAAAAUCGUGUUCCCUUACAUACAAAUUUUUCCCUUUCUUACCUCCUCUUCCUCGUCUCUCUCAAUUUUCUCUGACGCUCCCGCCCAUUAAUGCAUUGAGAGUUAUCUCCAUUCAUUCUUCGUACCACGAAUUUCUAGAAACAACCCAUUUUGGAGAUGUUUUCUUUUCUGCUAGACAUUUCAGAUUUCAUCACAAGAGCUUGUGAAGUAACGUUAGACCCCUUAUAAUUUGUUCCUGUUUUUUUCUUUUUCUACAACUGGUUAGAUUCAUUUGGAUAAUUCCACUCAUCCCCCUUCAAGACUGAGAUGCUCUCUCCCCUAUUAUAUAUUGAUGUCAAUUGAAGAUCCAGCACUCUCCCUCCUUUUACUUUAUCAGCUUUGCUUUGUUCUUACGAUAUCACUUGUGCACGCUGGAAGCUAGGCCUUUGUGAGGCCUGCGUCUAGUGACAUCUCAAGUCGUUUCUGCCCUUUCCUAUCCGCCCACCCUCCAAUUCAAGUUUAGAAGCAAAUAACACAUUUGUCCAUCGCCCAAUAGCGUAGUUUCAAGGACUAUUUUGACAGUUUUUCAACCAUUUUUCCAAUCCUCCAUGGUUUCAUGCAAUCUAGCUUCUGUUUCAAAGAUAACUUGCGUCAAAGUUUUUACUUUAAUGAUUUUAUGCACUAAUUCACGGUACGUCAAAGACCACCAUGUUUUCCGAAGCCCAAGAUGCUUGUUUUUGAGAUCCACGCAACGAAAAACCACGACAAAUCACGACCACUGGACAAUUUUCCUGACAUUUUGAUUACACCCCAUGAGUUGUCUGUUUUUGAGAUCUCUCAACGGCUGACCCUCUUACUUUACUGAUUCCUAUUUCUUCAACUUCUACACACCUUAAGCACAUUGAACAUUCCAGGAGUUUCGCUAUCGAGCCGCAUUCCUCAACCAGCUUUGCAGUGAACAAAAUGCACGUGACAAUGUUGGUCACUCCCUAAUUACUCAAUUGAAAUUAUCAUACGUACAUUGAUUAGUUAAAUUGAAGACAUUUUGCUAUUUGAUGACAAAAACGAAGUGAGACCCCGCCAGAGAAUCUUUUCUGAAUAUUUGAGGUAUAUUAUCAUGUGCUUAUACAGUAAAUAUUUUGAAAAUAAAAACGCUCAUACCCAUGAAACAAAAAUAAAA